AUGUCGGAUCAGAGCGUAGUAACAGUUGAAACUUUAAAAAGACGCGCCUAUAUUGGUGGUCUUUCUAAAUCCAUAACCGAAGACGAUCUUAAAAAUCGGUUUGGUUCGUUUGGUGUAAUAUCUAAAAUAGACAUUGUACGUGAUCCAAGCACAGGGGAAUGUCGUGGAUUUGCUUUUAUAAUUAUUGAGAGUACAACUGAUAACUGGAAAAAGUGCAUGUCCCUUUUUAAUGGUGCAAAAUGGAAAGGAAUGACAUUAAAGAUUCAAGACGCUAAACCAGACUAUAAACAAAGGCAAUUGUUGAGAGAAGAAUGGGAAAAGCAAAAGGCUUUAAAUGAUUCAUCAUUGGUCCCAAAAAAACGUAGGUGUAGAUAUGUAGAUACGAUGUUUGCUGAAGACAUGAGCUUGGUAACAGACAACAAUGUUCACGAAAGAAAGUCUAAAUACGGUCGUGCGGUUGCAAUAAUGCACAUCAGAAGGGAUGAUGGAACAAAGCUUAUGGUUGAUCCAA